GUCUUGCUUUCUUCUUCUCUUCCCUCGGCUGGUCCUUUGCCUCUUCUACUCGCACACUCACUCCUUCGUGUGUAUCCGUCCCCUUCGCCUGUUCUCUCUGACUCUUUGUAUCUCCCUCAUCCCAUCAUCGUUGUCCCCCUUUUAUUUGCCUCUGAAAUAUGUUCAACAGGACCGCCGAGUAUCUCGCACAUGGCGCCCGCACCUUUGGCCCUCUUGCCAAACUCCAUCCUGAGCAGCGCCAGCGGCUCGAGAAAUCGAGCAAGAAGGUUGGCAAGGUCCUUGGAGAAAUGCCUUUGAUCGAUAUUAUUCCUGCAUCUCCCCGCGUUGUGGAUGGUAUCGUGAGCGAGGUCAAGCAGAGCAAGAAGAAUGGAAAGUCGAAGAAGAAAGCCCCUCCUGCGCCCAUUCUGCGCUACAAGCUCGCGCCCUUCCGUCGUAAAUCUACUCGUCGUGUGUCAGGCGCUGCCGUAUGCGUAUCGACUCGCAGCAGGGCACGCAAGCCUGUCCCGAACCUUGACCUGGAGGAGCACGGAUGGCGAAUUGAGGCCGAUUCUCUUUCUCCUUCCCGCAUGAGCCAGGCGAGGACACCGCAAGGUGCUAUCUUCCUGAGCCCUCUCUCCCCCCUGUCCCCCUUCUCCCCCAUCGAGACGUCUGACAUGCGCCAGCAGCGUUACUAUGGCCUGCGUCAGCUCGCUCGCGUCUCCCGCGCAUUCCGUGACACCAUCGUCGAGGAGCUCCCGUCUAUGGCUCAGGUCACUGAGCAGGUGGACAAUGUCAACUCGUAUCUCGACCUCUAUCGUAUAGCAAGCGCGAGACGUCGCGAUCCUGAAGCAGACGUUGCUAGCAUGAACCUCGACACGGCGUACACUGCAUACACGGAUGUCACGGACGUCAACGAGGCGUACACAGCAUGCACCAUGCAUACCCCAGUGUCUACUCGCCACGCCCGCCGUCGCUCCUCAUCUCUCUCUCGCAUCCAGCACCGGAGCAUGUCCUCUAACGCAUCCGCCAGCCCAAUCGCGCGCACGAGUUUCAUUGUCCCGCACUCCGCGUCUGUCUGCUCGUUUCAGGACCAGCCCGCGCGCUACACCCUCGUCAUCAACGUCCCUUCCCCUCGCACCCCAGCCUUGCUGAUCCCUUUCACCGCAAGUACGGCUCAUUCCACACGCAUGUCCAUGUCCCAGUCGUACACUGUCGUUCUCAGCGUCCCCCGGGACCUCAAACGCGACACCCUUCCUGAGACGCCCGCAGAUGAGGACUCUCCGCUGCAGAAGCAGCAGAAGGAGGCGCGUGCCCGCGCCGCGAUCCUCACCGCCAUGAUGCAGAGCCAGCCUACGACCCUCGCGCUCGAAGACGCAGCAGUGCCUUUUGCGCCCCGCACCCCAGGCCCGCGCGCACCAUACUGGGUGCGCCAGUCAUACCACGUCUCGGCGCACGGGUACGUCCGGCGGACGCACAGCUACAGCCGCCGAUCGGGUAUGCGCGUGCCCCCGACUCCGAAGACGGUCAGACGGGAAAGGAGGCAGGGGUGGGGUGGGGAGUGGAAGGCCGGGAAGCUCGCUGCUGCUGUGGAGGGGUUGAAGGAGAUCAAGACUCCUGCACCGCCUGUCCCCGAGAAGGACUUGGGGCCGGUUGUCGUCAUUCGGUGAGAAGUCGUAGCUGGGGCAUAUUGUGCUGCAAAAGGAUGGGAGGCGCUAUCGUCCUCGAUGUGCUGUAUCUGGCCCCUCUUGAAUAUACCAUAUGACGUGCAGUACCGGAUCCUCGUUGUGAUCGUUGUGCGACGGGGGGCCAAGAUUGAGUUUGUUCUAGCCUAUAUUUGCCACGAUACUGGGCAAAGAUGUCAUCGCAAAUCGCGUUCGGCUGGAUCCAAGCAUGAAAACAAAUCACCGAGAAGAGCCUGAGCAAAUCAAGGAAGCAGUGUUGAACGUAACAUAUUCAGUCAAUCAUGAGCGCUAGAGGCGACGCCUGAUGUGGUAUCGGACUCGCAUUCGUCUGCAACGCCGGUGUCAUGUAAUGCGAAGGAGCUGUAUAGCAGGGACGGUGGUCUAUGUAGCGCGUACGGGGAUCGACCGACGUCGGCGCUACUCAGGUACAUACCGUCUGGGCACAGGCGUUUCAAGCCCCGCAAACCACCUCGUAUACUUACUGCAACUACUCAAUCUAUGCAGUAUCCUACGUUAUACUCAAUGCUCCCCCGUUAGAUUGUAUGGGGCGCCCUGACGCCGUAGUGUCUCGUCUUGACCGUCGACUGUCAAACGUCCGACAAGAGCCGGCACGAACCUUCGGUCCUUGGAUAGUAUCUGCAAUCAACGAAAAUCUCCCCGGUCUGCAUGCGGUGCCACCUGGAUCGGCAGUCAAACGUUACAGCGCACAUACCUGCCGUGGGCCAUGUAUAAAAGCACCUCCAGGAUACG